AUGACAGAGAACAUCACAGCAUCACUGAAUCUCUCAACCGCCCUUCCUUUCGACAAUUCAACCUUCCCUCCCUUCCCCCCAUACCUUCAACCCCUCUGGACCUCCUCCUCCUUCCUCUCUUCCACCCCUCCUCCGCCUGACCUGGUGGUGUCCCCCAACGUAGUGUACAUGGUGGCUGAACUCGUCAUAGCAACCCUCUCCACCGUGGGUAACCUGCUGGUGUGUGCUGCUGUUGGCCUCAACAGGAAGCUACGUACUGUCACCAACUACUUCCUAGUGUCGCUGGCUGUAGCCGACAUCUGCGUGGGUGCAUUGGCCAUCCCCUGCGCCAUCCUCACUGGCGUUGGCGUGCCCCGCCACAACCUCUACCUGUGCCUGCUGAUGCUCAGUGUGCUCAUCAUGCUAACCCAGAGCUCCAUCUUCAGCCUGCUAGCUGUAGCAGUGGAGCGCUACGUGGCAAUCUUCCUGCCCUUCCAUUACCACACACUCAUGACCCCACGCAACGCUAUCCUAGUUAUCCUGGUGACCUGGGUGCUGGCUUUCCUAAUUGGCCUGGUGCCCCUCAUGGGCUGGCACAAAACACCGCCCGAAUCGGGCUACUGCUUCUUCGUGUUUGUGGUGGACAUGACCUACAUGGUCUACUUCAACUUCUUUGCCUGCGUGCUGGUGCCCCUGGUGGUCAUGUUCCUCAUCUAUGCCAAGAUCUUUGUGACAGUCAAGCGGCAGGUACGGCGCAUCGCAGCAGAGCGCGGGGGCGGCGUGGGGGGUGUGGAGGGGCAGGCGGCCCGGUCGGCCAGCAUGAAGAGGGAGAUGAAGACGGCCACGUCGCUGUUCCUCGUCCUCUUCCUCUUCACUGCCUGCUGGAUACCGCUGCACGUCAUCAACUGUUUCCUGCUGCUCUGCCCCGGCUGCCCCAUGCCUCUGGAGCUCCUCCUCACCGCCAUUAUCCUAUCACACGCCAACUCCGCCGUUAACCCCUUCCUGUACGCAUACAAGAUGAAGACCUUCCGGAACACCUUUAAGGCCAUCUUCCUCUGCUGUAGAGCUCUGGGGGACGGGGAAGAGGGGGGCGAUGGCGGGGGGACCACCACCCACAGGACCUGA